UGUAACGCGCUGCGGAGCGAGCGUGAAGAGUAGUGAGGGUGAGGUCAUAGUGUGAAUGUGAUUGUGCUGGCCAGGGAAUACAAAACCUUUGGUAAUGCCAAUUUGUUUGCUUCUUUCCCCAUUUCCACCAUUUCAUCCUCAAAACCCUGCAGUUUCAUUUCAUACUUCCCUUCGGACACGCACACGCUCUCUCUUGUUACCCAAUAAAUAAGAAUAAGAAUAAGAAUACAUAUAGAAAUAGAAAAUCCUUCCAUCGAUUAAUGAGAAUUGUUGAGAUGGCUGGAAAUUGCUAGGGCAUCGUCUUCUUGCAAGCUGGCAAACAAGUUGUGGGAGAGAAGUAGCAGUGAUGAGGGUAUGGCAGGGUUCAGCACCAACAAUAACAAUAACGAAGGAAGAGAUCACUUCAAUUUAGGGCGCUUUGUUCCACAUCUUUUCAAUCUCCACCUCCAAACCCCUAACAACAACAACAACAACAACAACAACCCCUUAACGCAUCACCACCACCACCAACAACAAUUCAACUCUCCUCCUCCUCCUGCACCUGCUGAAGCUGACGGUGAUGCUGCUGGUGGUUCAAGAAGCGGAGGAGUAUCCGCUGAACCCUCAACUGGGCGCCGUCCGAGGGGCCGUCCAGCAGGAUCCAAGAACAAGCCCAAACCGCCUAUCGUAGUCACGCGGGACAGCCCCAAUGCACUCCGCUGUCACGUGCUUGAGGUCUCCGCCGGGGCGGAGCUCCUCGACGCACUCUCCACCUACGCUCGCCGGAGGGGGAGAGGCGUUUGCGUCCUCAGCGGCACUGGCACCCUCGCUAACGUUACGCUUCGCCAGCCUGGAGGCACAGUCGUAACCCUUCACGGAACCUUCGAGAUCCUCUCCAUCACCGGGACGAUUCUCCCGCCGCCUGCUCCACCUGGAUCCGGAGGGAUUUCGGUGUACCUGUCCGGCGGGCAAGGGCAGGUGGUCGGAGGGAACGUGGUGGCUCCUCUUGUGGCUUCAGCUGUUGUGGUUCUGAUGGCUGCUUCGUUUGCAAAUGCAAUGUUUGAGAGAUUGCCUUUGAACUUGGACGAUGGUGAUCCUCGUGAGGACGAUGACCACUUCAAUCACCAACGACAACCUGCAGCAUCGCAAUCCUCUGGCGUAACUGGCCAGAUCGCCGAUGGCGCCAGCAGUGGUGGUCGCGCUGUUUCUUUCUUCAAUUCGGCUGCAGGUGUUGGUGGUGGAGGAAGGGGUUUGAACGGCAGAAGCGGCUAUCCCUUGUCGCUUCCCAGCGGCGGCGAUCUAUUUGGAUGGGGCGGUGGUGGUGGUGUAGGUGCAAGUGCAGCAGCGGCGAUCAAGCCUCCACCGUUCUAGCUAAUAACUUAUAUGUAUAUGUAUAUCUAUAUCUAUAUAUUUCUAUUAAUAUAUAGUAUUGUGGUGGAACAAUAUACAUGUGAUUUGGAACACAUGUAAAAUUAAGUAGGUUAAAUAAUUUAACCUGAUCAUGAAUCUGUGUGAGUUACUGUGUUUCCCUCUUUCAAUUCUGAGUUUAAUUUCUGGUACUUAAAUGCUUCCCAAUAUUUUA